CCAAACAAUAGAAGCAACAAGCAACAACUAAUUUAUACGAGCAACAGAACGAAACGAACCCAACACAAUGGUCGAAUUCACAACCCUCCUCCAGAAUACGUUCCGGAAAUUCCAGCUCCGGGGAGAAAUCGCUCUCCUCGACCGCGAAUCAACCAACCGCCAAAGGGCCUUCGGGGUCGAGCUCUACGACCUCAUCGAGACGCAGCGCGUGGCAAUCCAAAAGCAAGCCGAGGAGGAAGCCAAAGAAAGCAACAGCGAUCCAGAGAAACUCGCCGAUGACCUUUCGAAAGUCCUCCGCAUCUUCCAGAACGUAGAAAACGCGAUCCGUCAACCGCUCGAGGCCUGCCGAGACGAAAUCGAAUCCAUGGAGGCAAGCGCCCCCAUGCCCUUUCCACCGGUACUAAUUCAGAGGCGAAAGGAAGAAUUUGGAGUCGAGGUCUGGCCAAUUGUGAGCCAGCCGCAGUGGCUCCACGAUUGCCUCCAGCAGGACCUCGAAGGAGCAAUGGCCGAAAAGAGCAGGAGCCAGAACGCUGACGGUAACACCACCGAAAGCGCAACCGACGCCAAGAAAGAACUAGGCGACCUCGUCAACAUUGCCGUUCGGGGCGUUGUCAAGGGGACCAAGACAACGAUUGCCAAGGCAAUCGGGAGACUCUCUCCCGAGGAGCGCGAGGUUGAGGCCUGCGUCGACCGGGCCAAGAAAGACAUGGCGCUGUUGGAAACCGAAAAAGCUCAGAAGUUCACCGAGAUCGAAGACCUGGUCGAGGGGGGGAGCACACUGGAAUGCUGCUGACGAAACUCAUCUUACUAAAUAUAUAU